AGAGAGGAGGCGGGGAAAAGAAGAUGGAACCAGGCAAAGAGCCCGCCGGAGAGAUACCGGCGGCAGGGGAUAAGCCCAGCGAGCCGGAACCGGCGUCCUCCUUCCAGGCCCGGCUGUGGAGAAACCUGCAACUGGGUAGUAAGAGUAAGGGCAGUGGCAAAGCGGGCGCCGGGCGCCGCAGUGCGGAGACCUCGCCGUCCCUUCCUCGUGCUCGGGCCGCGCAGCAGGCAGGCAAAGGGGACUUACUAGGCGCCGGCGCCCCCGGCGCCAAAUGGAGCGGCUUCAGGCGCAGAAAGCACGUGCUGGACCGAGUCUUCUCGUCCUCGCAGCCAAACUUGUGCUGCUCCUCGGCGGAACCGCUGGAGGCCGUGAGCACCGAGGCCGGCUCGGCUCUGCGCCGCUUGCGGGAGCACCUUCUCCACCAUCACCAUCCCCACCCGGGCAAGGGGCCGCAGCCAAGUCGGCGGCCCGACGACACGCCCGCUUCCUCCUCUGCUUCCUCCUCCGCCUGCUCCUCGCCGCUGCCCCCGGCUGCCUCCGCCAGAGAGGAGAAGGGAGGUGCGGAUGGGCCCUCAAAGGGGCAAACCGGGGAGGAGCCGGCCCCGCAACACCGGCCUGGCGCGCACCUGUCCCAUCAGAAGAGUUCCUCGCUGCCUGGCACCGCCUGCUUGGAGCAGCUGCUGCAGGAGUCACCCACCAAGGGCAAGGCCAAAGGGAAAGGAACCGAGGGGAGCGGCAGCCCGGCGAGAAUCAAUCCUGCUGGAACAAGUAAUGCAGAAUUAUCCCUCACCGAUCCCGGAAUGUACCAGUUGGACAUUACGUUAAAAAGAGGUCAUAAUUUAGCUGCUCGUGAUCGGAGAGGGACAAGUGAUCCAUAUGUCAAGUUUAAAAUUGGUGGAAAAGAAAUCUUUAGAAGCAAAACAAUCCAUAAGAAUCUUAAUCCUGUAUGGGAAGAAAGAAGUUCUAUCAUUAUUGAAAAUCUAAGGGAACAACUGUAUAUAAAGGUCUUUGAUUAUGACUUCGGGCUUCAAGACGACUUCAUGGGAUCUGCUUUUUUGGACCUCAAUUCACUAGAGCAAAAUAGGCCAAUCGAUGUUACAUUGAGUCUGAAGGAUCCUCAUUACCCUGACCAAGAUCUUGGAACUAUAUUAUUGUCGGUGUUGCUGACACCAAAAGAACAACAGAGAGAAGUGACAAUGCUAAUGAGGAAGAGUUGGAAAAGAUCAAGUAAGUUUCAGACCCAGAGCAUACGUCUGUCGGACCUUCACAGAAAAUCUCAGCUAUGGAGAGGAAUAGUCAGUAUCACUUUGAUUGAAGGUCGUGAACUCAGAGCCAUGGAUCCAAACGGGCUCAGUGAUCCCUAUGUGAAAUUCCGGCUGGGGCAUCAGAAGUGCAAGAGUAAGAUUAUGCCAAAAACUUUGAAUCCUCAGUGGAGGGAACAAUUUGACUUGCAUAUCUAUGAGGAACGAGGUGGAAUUAUUGAUAUUACAGUAUGGGACAAAGAUGCUGGCAAAAAGGAUGACUUCAUUGGCAGGUGCCAGGUUGACCUGUCAACCCUCAGUAAAGAGCAAACUCAUAAACUGGAGUUGCCUCUGGAGGAAGGGGAAGGCUAUCUGGUGCUGCUGGUCACCUUGACCGCCUCAGCUACAGUCAGCAUCUCUGACCUCUCAAUCAAUGCCUUGGAGGACCUGAAGGAACAGGAAGAAUUACUAAAGAGAUAUAGUCUAGUACGGAUGUUUCAUAACAUAAAGGAUGUGGGAUUUCUGCAGGUGAAGGUCAUCAGAGCAGAAGGUUUGAUGGCAGCUGAUGUUACAGGUAAAAGUGAUCCCUUUUGUGUAGUUGAAUUGAGCAAUGAUAGACUGUUGACCCACACAGUAUACAAGAACCUUAAUCCUGAAUGGAACAAAAUCUUCACCUUCAAUAUUAAGGAUAUCCACUCAGUUCUUGAAGUUACAGUUUAUGAUGAAGAUCGAGAUCGGAGUGCUGACUUCCUGGGCAAAGUGGCUAUACCAUUGUUGUCUAUUCAAAAUGGUGAACAGAAAGCCUACGUCUUGAAAAACAAGCAGCUGACAGGGCCAACAAAGGGGGUCAUCUAUCUUGAAAUAGAUGUGAUUUUUAAUGCUGUGAAAGCCAGCUUGAGAACACUAAUGCCCAAAGAACAAAAGUAUAUUGAAGAAGAGAACAGAAUUUCUAAACAGCUUCUUCUGAGGAACUUCAUGCGUACAAAGCGUUGUAUCAUGGUACUCAUAAAUGCUGCCUACUAUAUAAACAGUUGCUUUGAUUGGGAUUCACCACCAAGGAGUCUUGCUGCUUUUUUGCUCUUUCUGUUUGUGACUUGGAAUUUUGAGCUCUACAUGAUUCCUUUGGUCUUGUUGCUACUGUUGGUGUGGAAUUACUUCCUGAUCAUCUCAGGGAAGGAUAACAGACAACACGAUACAGUAGUGGAGGACAUGCUAGAGGACGAGGAAGAAGAGGAUGACAGAGAUGACAAGGACAGUGAAAAGAAAGGAUUUAUGAAUAAGCUUUAUGCCAUCCAGGAAGUGUGUGUCAGUGUCCAGAACAUCCUUGAUGAAGUGGCUUCCUUCGGAGAAAGAAUAAAGAAUACAUUCAGCUGGACUGUUCCAUUCUUAAGCUGGCUGGCCAUUGUUGCCCUCUGUGUGUUCACAGUCAUCCUGUAUUUCAUUCCACUGAGAUACAUUGUCCUUGUCUGGGGUAUCAAUAAAUUUACAAAGAAGCUCCGAAGUCCAUAUGCAAUCGAUAACAACGAACUACUUGAUUUCCUUUCCAGAGUUCCUUCAGAUGUGCAAGUGGUGCAAUAUCAAGAACUGAAACAAGACCCUACCCACAGUCCAAGUAAGAGGAAGAAAAACAAUCCAGGCUAGCCAAUUCCAUGUGCUGGAAAGACCGGCAUCUGUUUGAGGGGGGAAAUAAAACAAAAAAAAACCAAGACCUAAGGAGCAUUUCCUCUCUCCAAGCUUUAUUUAUUUUGCCUUUUAAUCAUAAUAGGAAAAAGUGUACAUACUGUACAAAGGGAUUUAUCAGUGAAAAUACACUGUCAGUUGUACAGAACUGUAAAGGAGAUUUCAAAUCUAGCUUAUGCUGAAGCUCAGUUGAGAGAGCCCGUUUAUAGCAUGAAAGUGAAAUGGUAAGUGAGAGACACCCAUGACUGGAUAAGCAAAA